AUGCCCACCGAAGGGCCCACGCUGGAGGACCGCGGGCUGGCGACCAUGUCCCGUUCGUCGCGGAUCGAUCAGUUCCUGGCCGGUGGCGGUCCACCGACAUCGCCCACCAUCCGCGGUUCGUCCGGUGGGAGCGGAGGCAGCAGCGGCCGGACUCCGUCGUCCUCGAGCAGCGGUUACGAGAGUCAGCUGGCGUUCCAGCAUCACCUCAUGGCGGCGGCGGCUGCCGGUGGCGGUGCCGGUGGUGGUCCACCUCCUCCGGGCGGCCCACACGGCCACGGCCGGGAAAGUUCCGCCUUCGUGCCCGUGUUGCCGUCGCGUUCGCUGAGACCCGGCGCUAUGUACGGGCCGCCGGGAGUGCUGGACGGUGGUCCACCCGACGGCGGUCUGUCGAAGGAGGGUGGCCCGAAGCGGGGCUCCAGCUACGAACUGAUGGCGAUGAUGGCCGACAAGCGCAAGGAGCUGGCACUCCGGGAAGCGGCCGCGGCCGCCAUGAUGUUGCCGCGCCCGGGAGGACCUCCGGUACAGUCGCCGUCCGGGAUGUACGGCCCGCCCGGUGCAUUCCUGGGCGGCCCCGGCCCUUCACCGACGUCGGCCGGAACGUUCACGUUCCCACCGGCCGGCCUGGGCGUCUAUCCUCCCGGUGUCGUUCCGCCCGGCAUGCACGCCGGACUCGAUCGGCGACUGCUGCGGGCGCCAGGACGUGCGUCCCGACCGAAGAAGCAGUUCAUCUGCAAGUUCUGUAACCGCCAGUUCACCAAAUCGUACAACCUGCUGAUCCACGAGCGGACGCACACCGACGAGCGGCCGUACUCCUGCGACAUCUGCCUGAAGGCGUUCCGGCGGCAGGACCAUCUACGAGACCACAGAUACAUUCACUCGAAGGAAAAGCCGUUCAAAUGCACCGAGUGCGGCAAGGGGUUCUGCCAGUCGCGCACCCUGGCCGUGCACAAGAUCCUGCACAUGGAGGAGUCGCCGCACAAGUGCCCGGUGUGUAACCGAAGCUUCAACCAGCGCUCGAACCUGAAGACGCACCUGCUGACGCACACGGACCACAAGCCGUACGAGUGCAACGCGUGCGGCAAGGUCUUCCGGCGGAACUGUGACCUGAGGCGCCACGCCCUCACGCACACCGUCGGCGACGUGCCGGCCGACGGGCUCGGCGUCGACGACGACGGGAACCAGCUGAGCGAUGGCGAUGAGGACGAGACGGUCCUGGAGGUGGACUCGCCGGUCCACUCGCCGGCCGGCCGGAAUCGAUCUCCGUCGCCCCCGAUGGACAUGCCCGUAUCGGCCGAGCUGGACGAUGACGAGCGGCGAGAGGACGACCGUCGGGGCGGUGGACCCGGCGAGGACGACGACGACGACGAGGAGGAGGACGAUUUGAUCAGUGUGGCGGGCCACGAACCCGACUCGACGCCGGUCGUCCAGUGCCAUCACGAGCGGCCGAUGGGCUCCAAGAGUCCGUACACGAUGCGGCCUCAGUACGACCACGGCCAUGGCCGGUCGACGAUCUCGGCCCACCUCGGCCCCAUGCACGGCCAGCCCGAUCACGGACAUCCGGCGCCGGACGUGUUCGUUCCGAUGCUGCACGUCCGACGCGAUCUGCACCACAAGCUGGGCCUGAUUGGGCGCGCCUCGGCCACGAUCACCAGCGGCGGUCUGAUGGAUCACCCGUCGAUGGCCGGCGGGUUCCUGGGUCACAUUCCGCUCCGCAAGCGGGCGAUGGGUCCCGACGGUGAACCCCACCCGAUAAUGGCCGCCCGAGGACUGCAGCCACUCCAUCUACAGCAUCCGGGCCGGGGACAUCCGAAGAGCCACCAUCCGGAGCCCGGUCCACCGGAUUCACCGCUCCGAGAAGCCAUCCCGGUGAUGUCACCCGGUUCGUUGCCGUCCUCAUCGCCCAUCCUGCUGUCACCGCAUCUCCCAACGGGACUGGCGCUACCCCCGCCACCACCUCCACCACCGGCACCUUCAGCGCCGGCGCCAUCGUCCGCAACCGGCCCGGACCGGUUGCUGGCCGUCCCGAUGAAUCUGGCCAGUUUACCGACGCUCCCGAUCGUCGUCACAUCGAACGGAAGCAGCUCCACACCGCCCGCUGCCGCUCUCCUGCAUCCUCCCGCGGGUCCCUCCACCUCGAAAGUGGCCACCACCAUCAGUCCACCGUCCACCGGGAGCGGAAGCUCCCUGUCUUCGGUGGCCGUGCCCGGGCAACCGGUGCCAGCGCCAGUGGCACCCCGAAAAACCGGUUUCAGCAUAGAGGACAUCAUGCGACGCUAG